AUGAUCAAAAAAUUCAAGAUGAUAUUAAUAUACGAAAAAAAUUGGAUUCAAAUCGAUAUGUAUUGAUAUCAAUAUCAGUAUCAGUAUUGGUUUUCAAACUGUUCAAUACCCAAUCCGAUACCGUGGGACUAAAACUAUGGAUGAGGGUGGUUGUUUUAUUUUAGCUUUAUUUUGGAUGAGAUGAGAUUUGGCUCUAACGCGUGCCCUUAAAAAAUGGGUAGUGGGGUUAUUAAAAAAAUAGAUAAAAUAUGAUGAGUAGGAUCCAUAUGGAUGCGUUCAAAAAACUUGACCUUAUCCACUUUUGCUUUUACUGUAACUUUCAAAUUCAAUACAGCAAGAAAUGCAAAAAUUAAAUUGUUGAUAACCUCGAAUCUCUCUCUUACUUCUCUCUAGAUGAUAUGAUACCAAUCCCAAUCCCAAAAAAAAAAACGCUUAAAAGUAGUCUUCAUUCCCCAUAAGCUUCAUCAUCAUCGUUUAUUAUAUAUUUUGUUCCUUCUAGUCAAAUCCAUAACUUGUUCAUCUUUAUAUAUGAUCUCCUAAGAAAACCCCUCUUCUCUCCUCUCUUCUCUUCUCUUCUCAGAAUUCAAUUUUGGUGUCAUAUGUUUUUUUUUUCCUGAAGGUGUUUGUUUGAUUAUCUCAAUGGGUGAAGGUGGAAAGAGAAAUUUCAGAGAUUCAUUCUCAAAACCAGUUGGUUCUGUUUCUAAUGCUGUUGAAAAUGAACCGUGGCUUGUCGUGGAGGUUGAAGAUGAAGUUUUUGAUUCUGGGUCUGCAAUAUCCUCAUUGGAAGAAGAAGAAGAAGAAGGUUCAACAGCAUCAACAACUACUUCAAUUACAUCUUCGUCUUCCUUGGACUUAACAGAGGAUGCCUCCUCUUCACCAUCACAGCUUUCUAAUGGGCCAUUAUAUGAAUUAUCAGAUCUCAUGGCUCAGCUUCCCAUCAAAAGAGGGCUUUCAAAGCAUUAUCAGGGGAAGUCCCAGUCUUUUACAUCUCUAGCCAGUGUGAGUGGCUUGGAAGAUCUUGCAAAAAGAGAGAGCCCUUGCAGAAAGAGAAUGAAGCCAUGUAAGAGUUAUGGAGGUGGGUUGGAAACCAGGAAGACAUGUAGUCCAAAGGCUGUCAUAUCAAAGAAAACUUCAAGGGGUUCUGCUCCUUCAUUAGUUAAGCGAGGUAACUUCAUGGGCAGUUCUAGGCCUCCAAUUCCUGUACAAAGGAAUCAAUGUAACAGAAAUCUUUCAUUUAUCUUUCUUUAAAUGAAAAUUAAUUGUACAUAACAAGCUGAAAUUUUUAAUUAUGCUUCCAAUUCAUUUGACAUUGUUAAUAUGAGAAUUUAUUUCAUUUAAA